AUGCAUGUCACCAAGAUAAUUGUUGGACAAUUCGUUCCGGAAAUUCGCGAAUUUGUGAGGAGGUGCUAUGAGGACAAUAUGGGCAAUGUGCAAUUGGUAUUCAAUAGCAGAAAUGUUGAUAAUGACGAAGUUGAAGAUUCGGCCCAAGUUGAUUCUAUUUAUGAAACUGACAAGGAAUCUGAUUUCAUCACUCGGUUGCUAGGAGAAGAAAUCACCAAUGACAUGAUUAAUGUUGUUGUUGAGGAGGAAAUCUCUAUGUCUAACAAGCUUUUACAAAAUCAUAGCUUGAUUGCGGACUCAUCAAUGACAACCUUUGCGAGGAAUUGA